AUGGCGGGCGCGGGGGCGGCGCGGCUGCGGGCCGAGAUCCGCCGGCGGGAGCGGGAGCUGCGCGGGCUGCGGGACCGCCUGCAGGCUGAGCUGGCGCGGGGGGACACCGCCGAGCAGCAGCAGGACGAGGAGGAGGAGGAUGGAGCCCGCGGGCCGCGGGAGCGGCUGGCGGCCGAGGUGUCUCUGGGGGAUGCCGAGCAGGAGGAGGAUGGAGACCGCGGGCUGCGGGACCUGCUGGCGCGGGGGGACGCGGGCAGCGCCGAGGACGAUGAUGGUGAUGAUGAUGCGGAGGGGGUGAUGAUGAGCGGCGCCUUCCCUGCCGAGCUGCCCCCGCUGCCGCCCCGCGCGGCGCUGAGCGCGGCCGAGAUCGCGCGGUACAGCCGGCAGCUGCUGCUGCCCGAGCUCGGCGUGCGCGGCCAGCUGCGCCUGGCGCGGAGCGCCGUGCUCGUGGUGGGCUGCGGCGGGCUCGGCUGUCCCCUGGCGCAGUACCUGGCCGCGGCGGGCGUGGGCCGCCUGGGGCUGCUGGACCACGACGUGGUGGAGACCAGCAACCUGCACCGGCAGGUGCUGCACGGGGAGGCGCGGCGGGGCCGGCCCAAGGCGGCCUCGGCGGCCGCGGCGCUGCGGCGGCUGAACUCGGCGGUGCAGUACGUGCCCUACUGCGGGGCGCUGAGCCCGCGCUCCGCGCUGCGCCUCGUGCGGCAGUACGACAUUGUCGCCGACUGCUCCGACAACGCGCCCACGCGGUACCUGGUGAACGACGCGUGUGUGCUGGCGGGGAAACCGCUGGUGUCCGGCAGCGCCCUGCGCCUCGAGGGGCAGCUCGUCGUGUACAACUACCGCGGGGGGCCCUGCUACCGGUGCCUGUUCCCCGAGCCGCCCCCGCCCCACACCGUGACCAGCUGCGCCGACGGGGGCGUGCUGGGGGUCGUGCCCGGCAUCAUCGGCUGCAUCCAGGCCCUGGAAGUGCUCAAGAUCGCCUCGGGAAUGGGCUCCUCCUUCAACCAGUUCAUGCUCGUGUUCGACGCCCUCGAAGGGAGGUUUCGCAACAUCAGGCUGAGACCAAAGAAACCAGACUGUGCCGUGUGCGGGGCCAACCCCACCGUCACCUGCCUGCAGGAUUACGAGGCGUUCUGUGGGUCUUCUGCCACCGACAAGUGUAGGACUCUACAUCUGCUGCCCAGCAAGGACAGGAUCUCGGUAGAGCAGUACAAGAAGGUGCUGGAUGACAAAGUCCCUCACGUGCUGCUGGACGUCCGGCCGCGGGUGGAGGUGGAUAUCUGCCGCCUGGAACACGCCGUCCACAUCCCGCUGAGCAAACUGGAAGAGAAGGAUGAAGAACAGCUGGAGUACUUAGAAAAAAGAAUUCGCGAAGAAAAGCAGAGAACUAACGACCAAGCAUCUCUUCCUGUAUAUGUUGUUUGCAAAUUGGGAAAUGAUUCCCAGAAGGCUGUAAAAAUCCUGCAGGAGCUACCUGCCAAAGAAUCUGGUUCUCUGUUAGCAAAGGAUAUUAAAGGGGGGCUCAUGGCUUGGGCCACUAAAAUUGAUCCAACAUUCCCUCAGUAUUAGAAAUUUAUGGGGAAAAAACCACGUUUUCCUAGUAGGUUCCAUAGGUUUUCAUCCUCUUUGUGUAAUGACUAUAUUUCAUGUUAAAAACAGAAAUACCAUGUUGCUUAUGUUACUUUUUUUUCCAAAAACACUAUGUAUUUUUCUAGGUGUCUGAUUAUUUUUAUAAAGAUGUGAAUCUGUCCAUGGGAAUGGAAGAGAAAUGUGUUUCUUGGUUAUGAUUUAAUAGUAAAGACUUGGUAUAACCACUGAAUUGUGCAUGUAAUGAUUGAGAAUGGCUCCUAAUUACUAAUUGUAACCUGAAAAUGCCAAAGCUUAGGGAUCAUGUUUUUACUCAAUCUCCAAAAUCCUUUAGAGAUGGAAACAGUGCAUGAAGCAAUUUAAAAAAAAUAACUGUUAAUCUCUAGCUGAUCUGUAGCAGCACUAAUCUGUCACAGGGAAUUGCCAAGGCAGCACUGAUGAGACCAUUGUGGUCAACAACUUUUAGUUCUCUCUAGGAAACUUGUGUAUUUAUGGCAGAGAACAGCACCUACAGCAAGGGGGUUCUGCUAAGAACUUCCAGAGCCAGCCAUCCGCACUUGUGGGCCGACAAAAAAGUGGAUUCUCCAAUUUGAAUAGAGAAACUGAGAUUGACUGUUAAUAAGAUGUAAGUCUGACCCCAGAAAGUUUGUAAAACAGACGGAAAAUGCUUUUGUCAGUGCUUAGAUUUCAGAGGCUGAGAGAUAAGGGGUGGGAGAGGAGAAGAAAAUAUACAUAUUUAAUCCUCCCUCCUGCAAGGACAAAGACCUAUUUCUUAAGUUUUCUCUUUGUUUGGCAAUUUUAUGUCCGUGUUUAUUUUAUUGGCUUGCUGGCAUGGAGAGCUCUGCACAUCUGAGAAGUAUUUGUAGUUGAACUGAAUGAAAAGAAAGAGAAAUAAAUAGCUUCUCAACA